AUAGCAUUUCUAUACAUCAUUGGGAACGAUAUUAUUUUUUUGAAUUUUUGGGGAAGAAAUUGAAAAGUCAAGUCAUCUUUAAUAUGAUCAAAUAUCUGAGGAUGAAAAUUAGUGAUGCAAAUAGCUGGAGAUGUCGUUCGGACCAGCAGCAAGAGACGAUAAUAUAUCAACCUGAAUAUAUACACAUUCCAGUAUAUGAUGAGCAAGACGUGUGUGAAGGUAUAGUGUUAGUGGAUGAAAACGUUAUAACAACAGCGAUUGGGCAGGAACAAGAGCAGCCACGAUGUAAGGAUUUUAGCAUGAAUGCCAACAUGGAACUCAACAAAAAUCAGUUUAUCGGAAAUUGGCCUUAUUACCCUGAGUGGAACUUAUACUCUAGACUUACUGAUACGGCGUACACAAUCUUAGCUAUAACAUUUGUGUGGCUGUUAACAAACGUUGCGGAUGGGAUUUCCAACAAACAACCUUCAAAAUUUGAGAAUUUAAUAUUAAUUAUAUCAUUGUACUUGGCGAGUGCAGUUGCCGGUCAAAUUGCAUCCACAGUAAUCCAUAUUCCAUCAUUUGUAGGAAUGAUAUUGGUGGGUAUGGCGUUUCAAAGUAGUGAAAACAAGAUUAGACUCGACGAAUUCAGACAUUUCUUUUGGUUAUACUUUAGUGAAUUUACAGAAUCAGUGAUUUUAAUCAUAUGUGCACUGGAACUUGAUGUGUGGAAGUUACGCCGUAUUGGCUUCACUGUAUUAAAAUUAGUAUUUUUGCCUCAAAUUGUAGCUUUAAGUGCUAUUAUUUUUAAUUAUAAUUUUCUAAUUGAAAACAAGUUUAAAUUGGCACAUCUGUUCUUAUUCAACAUGUUGAGCAUUAAUUCCAUCUUGUUUAUGCCAAGUAUGUCUGUAUUGAAAGGAUUGGGUUACUUUGAUGAAAAUAAUGUUUACACUUUGCUUCAUGCCACAUCCAGCAUAGUAAAUUUAUCUGCAGUGAUUAUCAAUUACUUUGCAUGCACCGAGCAUCAGUCAGAAGAUUUUACAAAUAUAUCCAAGAAAAUACUCAUUGACAUUGUGUUUGGAAUUCUAUGGGGAAUAUUUAUGAUUCAUGCAUCACCCCCCGAUUGUUUAAUGGUAAAUAAUGAACAAAAUUAUGAUGAAACUAAUGAUCACGAAGUCAACAAUACUCGUAAAUAUAUAUUUAAUUUACUCAAAACUACCAAGAGAGUAGCACUACUUUUCUCCGGCGGAAUUCUAACCCCUGUCAUCAACCUUUUUUAUGAGACAGGGUGGUAUUUUUCAUUGUCUUGUGGAAUAUCGUCGUUAGUUGCUGGUAUUGGUUGGAAAUGGAAAAUGAAAGAAAUAAACCGAAACACCUCAACGAUGAUAUUUAAUAACGACAACAGUGAAGACCAGAAUCAAAUUCGAGAUGUUCUAAAAGUACUCAAAUACAUCUGGAAAGCUCUUCAACCUUUAUUUUUUGGGUUUAUGGGCACAGGAUUCAAAAUCCAAUAUGUUGAUGUUAACAUGAUACUCAUUAUAAUACCAGUCAUACUCGUGUUGAAUUUUAUUCGAAUACUAAUCACAACGUGUUCAGUUUGGGGAUCUGGAGUCAACUGUUAUGAAAUUAUAUUUAUCGUUUUCUCUUGGCUUCCAAAUUCUUCGUUAAUGGCAGUUCAUGCACCUUUGUACCUUCAACGUAGAACUGGAAAAGAAAAGACAGAAUUUGAUAGUCGGCUAUUUAACGUAACCAUAAUCUGCUAUCUGACGACUGCUACUCUAUGGGCAUUCGUUGUUCGCCGUUAUGGUCAUAAAUUGUUGCCUGAUAAAUGACUAUGUUAAUGCCUGAUGAUAUAAUAUGAAUAAUUUGGUACUUUGUGUGAUAUUCCUUAUUACUAAAUACUAAUUCAUUAUUGUAUUUCAAAAUAUAGAUGUUCGUGUAAAUCGUAUUAUUGUAUCUACUAUCUAUGACCAAAAAUGU